AUGGGAAAAGAUAGAAAAAAUGGCAGUCCAGAUGCUAAAUCUCCAGUCAAUACAAAUAAAGAAUAUGGUGUCAUAGUACGAUCACGCUUGAACAGUCAUUCCUUAGUAUAUGGUGCUGAAGUUGAUUGUAUGGAACAAUGUUCUUAUGAAGGAUCAAAACCUUAUGUAGAAUUGAAAACAUUACGAAAUAUCACAUCAGACAGACAGUACAGAAAUUUUUGCAGAUUUAAACUGUUAAAGUGGUGGGCUCAAUCAUUUUUAAUAGGAAUUCCCAAAAUUAUAUGUGGUUUUCGUGAUGAUGAUGGAUUUGUUGGUCAUUUGGAAACAUUUGUAGUACAAGAUAUUCCAAAAUUAUCACAAAAUUAUUGGUCAGCUUCCAGCUGUUUCAAUUUCUGCAAUGAAUUUCUUGCAUUUGUGAAAGAUUGCGUUACAGAAGAUAAUCCUUGUGUUGUUUAUGAAUUUUACAGACCUGCUGGAAAGAACAUUAUUUGCAAAAAAUUACCAUUAGGACAUCAUCAGAUACUUCCAGAUUGGUAUAUUAAUCAUUGGAAUUAAUGAUUUUAUUUUAUUUUAUAAAAAUAUAAAACAGUUGACUGCUAAAAUCAAUGGAUUAUCUAUUGUACAUAUUUUUUUCAUUUUUAUUGCUUUUUGAAUUUCAUAUUUGUAUACAAGAUUUUUCCUAAAGAAAUGUAGUUAUUAUAUGAAUAUUUAGUAUUAGAAAAAUUGUUCUAAUAUAUAGACAUUCAUGACAAAUAAUAGCCGAUAAACAAUCCUUGCUUUAUAUUUGGAAUUUUGUUAUACUUGUAUUAUGUAUGAUUGAUUUCAGAACUCCUCAUAGUAAUUCACUUAUUGUUAGUGGUGUAGUGACAAAAUUUAGCAUAUAUGGCAAAAACUAAAAAGCUCAAAUUAUUUUCCUGAACUAUAUGUAAUUAUUAUUGAUUUAGAAAAUAAAAUUUAAAAAAUUAUUUGUUAUUUGGUCAGUUGGCUGGAAUCAUAUUGGCCACACUCUCACUAUCAUCUUCAAAAGCAUCUAAAAUUAAUGAUUUGCUCCACUAUAGACUUCUAUAUUUCUUAGGAAAAUACUAGAUAAGAUUAAAAGUUAUAAUAUUAUCGAAAUGGAAGAGAUCAAAGUGUUUCCAAACCAUGGUUUACAGGGUGUUAGAAAAAUAAUUUAGCAGGGAUAUGGUAGAUAAUAUAUCAGUGAUAGUAAACCUGUGACUUAUGCAAUGAAUUCAAGAUACUCAUCUUGAAUGUGUAGAAAGUAUUAUAUUUUAUAAAUUAUAAAAACUAUUUAAUAGAUUUCAAAACUUUGCAUAUGUAGUGUGAAAGCAGGGUUCUAAAGCUGUCAUAAAAAAUCAUAAAGGCAACUAAUUAUAGAAAAGAUAGAAUAAAAUAGAAAAAUUAGUCAAAUAAACUAUAGAUUUUCUAGUAAACAAAAUAUUUAUUUCUGUUUAUGAUCACAUUUAUGCUAUUUUUCUGAUAUAAAUUAAAAAGUUAAAUAGAGUAAAGUUUAUAAGCAUUUUUUUUAAUUACCCAAAUUAAAUAUUUGACCCACAAUUUGGAGUUACUAAAUUUCAAAUUCAAUUUUGACUCACUGGGAAAAAAAUAGUCAUUGCUGAUAUACAUCAUAAUCAGUAAAAAGAUCUUAGUAAAGUUAGAAUGAAACUACUGUUUUUGGGUUACUAUAUUAACAGUUUUGUAUGUUAGUAUUAUGACUGAUUUAUGACCUCUUUUGAUGUUCUUCAGCAUCAAAAGAGAGGAUGAUCUUGUUGCAUUUACAGUUGUUCCACACUCCAUUGAAAUGCAAACUAUCAAGAUAUGUUAUUUUAUAAAAUGAUGUAAAUUGACCCAAUCAUAAAAAAAGAAGAAUCAAGUUAAAUGUCUAUAAUUUGUCAUUCAAAUAUCAGAGCAUUUAAU